AUGGUAAGAAAAAGUAGGGGACGACAAAAGGUUGAGAUGAUGAAGAUGAACAAUGAAAGCAAUCUCCAAGUCACUUUCUCCAAACGUCGAGCUGGACUUUUCAAGAAAGCGAGUGAAUUGUGCACUUUAUGUGGGGUUGAUAUUGUUAUUAUCGUCUUCUCACCCGGCCGAAAAGUUUUCUCCUUUGAUCAUCCUUGUGUCGAGACUAUAGUGGAACGUUUCAUUAGUGGCAAUCCACCACAAGUCAUUUCCAAAACUAUGAAACUCAUUAAGGCUCAUCGAAACGCUAGUGUUCGUGAGUUCAACAUGCAGCUCACUCAGAUUCUUAGCCAACUUGAAAUCGAGAAGAAGCGAAGUGAGGAGCUCAACCAGAUGAAAAAGGUACAUGAGAACCAAUGUUGGUGGAUGGCUCCCAAUGAGGAUAUGAGCUUGGCACAACUUCAACAAUUAAGGGCCUCUCUUGAUGAGCUGAAGAAGAAUGGGGCUAAGCAUGCUGAGAAGAUUGGGAUUCAUGCCUCAGGUCUUCCAUUUGAGAUAAGACAUGUUGGAUUCAAUACUAGCGUUGUUCCAUUCAACAAUCCAAACAUGAUGCCUACAGGGAAUCAGGGAUUUGGCCAAGGAUUCUUUUAA